AUGCGUGAUCGUCAACGGGCCCGGUUGUAUCGUCGAAGGAAAAGUCGCUUCGAGGCGUCGGAUAGAUACCGGGGUGCUGCAUACUAUGACAUCGAGCCGGGUGAAGUGCUGGAAUUGGAUGAGAAAUCCAAUGUCGACAUGAAGAGCAGCGACCGCACCUCUCCAUACUUUCAGCAGGUUGCCGGAGGUACUGUAGCGACUUCCAUUGUCGUGUCGCCUUCUGCCCUGGUCAAAGAUUCACCGCAUCUUCGCAAAUGGAGAGGCCAAUUUUCAGUUCCGACAUUUUCCAGUUGGCCACUCGGGAUUUACGGACACGGCGUAUGCCUUAUCUCUAACCGAAUAUACGAUCACGCCGACGCCAAAAGCCCGGAGAGCCACAGGUAUAGAGUAUAACUCGGCUGAGGUGAUUGGAAAGUACUGUGAUGAGAUUUUCGCAAUUCUAUGACACGACCAAGCAAGCAUAUUUAGCUGCAAGUUUCAUCUUUUCCAAAUGGGUUCUCGCGUGGCGACGAAAAUCCAAUUUCAGUCUCUAUUGAUAU